CUGACACAAAGGUUCACAGUGGAGACGCCUGGCGAAUGCAGCUUGUCUGCUUCCGGCGCCGAGCGACUGUACAUCCCUCACCGACCCUGCCGGCAAGCAGGGUUCAUGUCAUAUUUUUAUAGAUGUCGCGAUGUUAAGCUGAGUCUUAGAGCUCGUUGGUAGCUACACUUGGUGGAACAGCGUGUUUUCUGCUAGUGAAGAUGAUGGAGGAAGACGACAUUGUCAUCACUGGCUUCUCGGCCUACUUCCCGCAAGCUGACCAUCUCGUUGAAUUUAAGGAGAAGUUGUAUGCGGGUACUGACUUCGUCACAGAAGAUGACGCUCGUUGGCCUCGAGGAUAUCUUGGCGUGCCUGAACGAAAGGGCACAAUUCGUGACCUCUCCCGUUUCGACGCCCAGUUUUUCGGUGUCAACCCGAAACAGGCUCAUUUGAUGGACCCCCAGAUGCGGAUGCUGCAGGAAACCUCGUACGAGGCCAUCGUGGAUGCCGGCUACGACCCUGCGACGAUGCGGGGUCGCAACGUGGGUGUCUUCAUCGGCUGCUCCGACUCCGAGUCCGAGGGCGCAAUUGGCGGUGAUGCCGAAAGUAUCAACGGCUAUGUCUUGCUUGGCAACAACCGGGCCAUGUUCGCAAACCGCAUUUCCUACACUUUGGACUUCAACGGACCAAGCGUUGCGGUCGAGACAGCGUGCUCAUCGACACUCGUGGCCCUGAACGAAGCCAUGAUGGCACUCCGCACGGGACAGUGUGAGGCGGCCAUCGUGGGCGGAAGUCUGAUCACUCUUAAGGCUACGAAAUCGCUAGGUUAUAUGAGCCUCGGCAUGCUUUCACCAGAUGGAAAGUGCAAGACAUUUGACUCUCGGCGCAAUGGCUAUGCCCGGAGUGAAACAAUAGGCGUCUUUUUCAUCCAACGUGCACGAGAAGCUCGUCGUGUAUACGCCAGAGUGGUCAACGUCAAGAGCAAUGCAGAUGGCUACAAGAGUGACGGACUCGCAGUCCCGUCUACAAACCUGCAAGCGAAACUCCUUCGUGAUGUAUACGCUGAAGCGAACAUUGACCCGACGCAAAUACACUACGUCGAGGCUCACGGUACCGGCACUAAAGUAGGAGACCGUCACGAGCUGGCGGCCCUAAGCAGUGUCUUCUGUCAACCGGCACGCAAACGACCACUCAAGGUUGGAUCCGUAAAGAGCAAUGUGGGACACUCCGAAACAGCUUCUGGCAUUUGCUCUGUUGCUAAGGUUAUCUUGGCUAUGGAGACUGGCACCAUCGCGGGUAACCUACACUUUAAAGAGGCCAGUCCUGACAUUCCAUCGCUGCUCGAUGGCAUCAUCGAGGUUGUGGACAAAGCGACACCGUUUGAGGGAGGUCCUGUCGGUAUCAACUCGUUCGGCGUCGGUGGCGCCAAUGCGCACGCAAUUCUUGAAGCGAACCCAGGACCGCACGUGGACAGCUUUGUACGAGAGAAGCAAGAGCUGCCGAGGCUAGUUUUUAUGGCCGGACGAAGCAAGGAAUCGCUUGCGAUGACUAUGAACCGCAUGGAAGCUGAGGGGCCGUACCCGGAUUCGGCCUACGCUCUCUUGAAUUUCGUCGGCCAGCCCAGCGUGAUGCAAUUCCCGUUCCGGGGAUUUAUGCUGUUGCCCGUGGAUGGUUCCGACAAGCAGGUCGUCAAGAUAGUCGAGCCGGCUGCUGUCAAGGAGCGGCCUCUUUGGUUCAUUUUCACAGGCCUUGGAUGUCAGUGGAGAGGAAUGGCGCGGCAGAUGAUGGAGUUUGAUGUAUUUGCACGAUCACUAAACAAGUCGCACCAGGUCCUAUCCCAAUUCUCCAUUGACCUGAUUAGGGAAGUGACGAGUGAAAAUUAUAGUGAUGCCAUGUCUUCAGUAUUCGCCUCCAUCACAGCAAUUCAGGUAGCGCUGGUAGAUGUGCUUUUCGCCGUAGGUCUUCGGCCGGACGGCAUAGUGGGUCACUCGUUGGGCGAGAUCGCCUGCGCCUACGCGGACGGAUGCUUGACGGCCGAGCAGACCGUGAUGUGUGCUUACUGGCGAGGCCGCUGCGUGGAACUGGGCGACUUGCCGAAGGGAUCCAUGGCGGCCGUAGGCUUGACGUGGGAAGAGGCCAAACGACGCUGUUGUGACGGAGUGGUACCAGCCUGCCACAACGCCGUGGAUUCAGUGACUGUGUCUGGACCACCAGAUGCAGUUUCCAAAUUGGUACAACGGCUGAGGGAUGAAAACGUGUUCGCCCGAGAAGUGGAGGGCGCAGACAAGGCCUUCCACAGCCAACACAUUCGAAAAAUUGCGCCAGCCUUGCUUGAAGCCUUGGAAACGGUGAUUCCGCAGCCAAAGCCUCGCAGCCAACGCUGGGUGUGCUCAUCGGUUCCUGAGAGCCGCUGGCACGAGCCCAUCGCCCAGACAUCCUCGGCCGAGUACCACGUCAACAACCUUCUCUCACCCGUGCUUUUCUACGAGGCCCUACAGCAUGUGCCUAAGAACGCCGUCGUGGUGGAAAUCGCACCUCACUGCUUAUUACAGGCAAUCUUGCGCCGUGCUCUGGGCAGUGAAGCCACCUGCCUGGGCCUCAUGAAGCGCAACGUGGACAACCUGGCGUUCUUUCUCAACUCACUGGGCAAGCUGCACGUUCUAGGCGUGAAGAUGGACCUGUCACCGCUGUAUCCACCGGUGCCUAUGCCCGUACCACGCGGCACUCCCAGCAUAGCACAUCUUGUCAGCUGGGACCACUCGCAAUCGUGGACCGUCACUAAGUGGGAGCACUUCGGGCCGUCAUCAAAGGUACUCUAG